AUGUCAGCUCCAAAACUGUUAUUUUUGCAUGGAUUCUUGCAAAACGGCAAGGUUUUCUCCGAGAAGUCUUCCGGAAUCAGAAAGCUUUUGAAAAAGGCUAAUGUGCAAUGCGACUACAUUGACGGGCCUACUACUUUGGAGCGUAAAGACCUGCCUUUCGAGAUGGAUGACGAGAAAUGGCAAGCCACUGUCGAUGCUCAGUUGAACAAGUCGUGGUUUUUCCACAGUGAUAUCUCUAAAGAGCUGGACCUGACAACAGCGAUCCAGACUGUCUCCGAUCACAUUAAAGCCAAUGGCCCUUACGAUGGUAUAGUUGGAUUCUCCCAGGGUGCUGCCGUGGCCGCCAUCAUCACAAACAGAAUUACGCAACUGGUGCCAGACCACCCACCUUUCAAGGUUAGUUUGAUCUUCUCAGGUUACUCGUUCACAGAGCCCGACCCAGAGCACGAGGGACAGCUCCGUAUCACCGAGAAGUUCAAGCAAGAUUUCACUCCCGCUCCUGAGAGCCCAACAAAGAUGCUAUUUGUAUACGGUGCAAGUGAUCAGGCCGUCCCUGCCACCAGAUCCAAGUACCUGCAAGAGAUUUACGCUAGUAGUUCUCCCGAGAAUGUUAAAGCGUUCGAGCAUCCCGGUGGACACAUGGUGCCCAACAAGAAGGACAUCAUCAGACCAAUUGUUGAUGAGAUCUGCUCCGCAGUCCAAUCACAGUAA